AUGAGCCAGUCAACAACUGAGCCACCAGCUGAGAUUGAAACACGGACUAAAGAAGAAGUCGUCAUUGAAAUAUCAACAAAAGAUGAAGAUGACAUUGAAACACGCAUCGAAGAGGACGUCCACAACAGGCUGAUGACAGAGAACCCAACUGUGGUAAUUAAAAACACCCUGGAUAAACUUGGGAAAAAAAGGCUAAAAUCUUUUAAAUUCCAACUCAAUAAUCACAAGGCAAAAGGCCUUGAACCCAUUGCCCGGAGCAAACUGGAGGAUAAGGACGCCAAAGACAUCGCUACGUUAAUGGCCGAAUACUAUGGACGCGAAGAUGCGUUAUCAGUCACACGGGAUAUUCUCCAAAAGAUUGAUCAGCGUGAUCUUGCUUCUCAACUUGCCAGUGACAAUGGAACGAAGCAGAGUGACACAAGUUCUGCUGAAAGUGAGGAGAACACAGAGAACUCAGGGUCACCGUCCAAAACAAAACGUAAAAAAAAGAAAAAACGCUGUCUUUGUUUCGUAAAUGUCAAAAUACAUUUACCAUCAUGCUUUGACUAGUUAUCCUAAUACUGCAGUGGCAGCCAAACAGAAUGAUACUCAUUGAUUGAUUUUAAAUGUACA